AUGGGCAAGUUUAUGAAACCCAGGAUGGUGGUGCUGGUCUUAGCCAUCGUGAAGAACACUGAUGAUGACACCUCAGAUUACCCAUACAGCCAUGCUCUGGUGGCUGGGAUUGACCGGUAUCCAUGCAAAGUGACAGCUGUCAUGAGCGAGAAGAAAAUCUACACGGGGUCAAAGAUCCAGUCUUCUGUGAAAGUUUUAUUACAGGGGUCAAAGAUCAAGUCUUUUGCAACUGCUUUUAAUUAUCAUCCCUUCACAAGGUACUCUGUGCAUAUCCCCGUGGACAAAACCGUUGCCAACAAGGAUGUUUUCCGAGACCCUGCUCUUAAAUCCAAGGCCCAUCAGAGAUAA